AUGACGUGCCAAGCCCGGAGCUCCUACGUCACCAGUGAGAUCCUGUGGGGUUACCGCUUCACACCUGUCCUGACGCUGGAAGACGGCUUCUAUGAGGUCGACUAUAACAGCUUCCACGAGACCUACGAGACCAGCACCCCAUCUCUCAGUGCCAAAGAGCUGGCCGAGCUGGCCAGCCGGGCGGAGCUGCCCCUGAGUUGGUCCGUGUCCAGCAAACUCAACCAGCGCGCGGACCCGGAGACGGAAGAGGAGGAGAAGAACCUCGAGGAGCAAACAGAAAGGAAUGGUGACGUGGCAAACCUAGAAAACGAAUCCAGAGUCUAGUCGCCUAGCCCGGCGGCUCCUCCUCCCCUCCCCCCCCGCACAACCCCUCCUCGUCUCAUGCUCUCUCUCUUUUGUCUCUCUUCCUUGGUUGUGUAUGGAUUUACAUUUAGUUUUGACAUCGCCAGAAAGCGAGUCUUCGAGGUGUAAAAUAUCUACCUGCCCUCUCUCAGUUUUGCAGAUGGACGAGGCAGACACAGAUUUGGUGAAGGUGCCAAGCGCCCUCCCUCGCAGCCCCAGCUUGCUCUCUUCCCGAAAAACCACGCAUCCGACUCCUAGGGACUUAAGCUACUUACCUGCAUGUCUUGGACAAUAGCAGAUCACUCAAAGAGUGUGUCAGAGAUUUCACCUGGGAUAGGACAAGUUAGGUCUCUGGUGCCUAUUUCCUCAUGCAGUGAGACAUAGCGUAUAACCCUCGGUUUUAUAGAUCCCAGUAAAUUCCAUCUGCAGGGCGACGUGCCUGCCCCCUACAGGCAUUGCAGUUAUAGGACCCGGGUCAAGUAAAGACAAAACACUGUACAUAUAUAUGCCUUAUGUAAUUAUUUUUCUUUUUGCAGUCAGUAA